AUGGCCAGCGGUUUGCCUACACCGAUUGGAUCACCAAUAUCACAAUUAUCACAAGACGAAUCUUCAAGCAGCACAAACAAAAUCACGAGCACCACCAGCAGCAGCAGUACAACGGUACCUACUACCGAUGCGGUUGAUGUUGACGAUUCAACACUUGAAGACGACGAUCCAAUUAUGAAUUCAUCACCUCAUGUUCAAAUUGAUCGAUUUGCACAGCUGGUUGCUACGCAUUGGCAAUAUGAUCAUUUGGAAUCCAUUAAAACGAGCAGCUACGAUACCAUUGCAAAGCAGAUGCGUGAGCACGUGGAAAUUAUGAUCCAGCCUUCAUCAUCAGCAAGUGACGAUGACAUUACUACAGCAGCUGAAACGGCGAUGCCUGACGAUGCAAUGGAUGUGGAUAUCCUCAAAGCUCAAAUCUUUGGAGCAAUUCAAGCACACAUCGGUGGUGAUCUUCCAUUGGCAUGGGAUGAAUUGGGUGACCAAUUGAGCCAACCAGCAAUCGAAUCGUAUGUACGAAGCCUCGUGUUAAAGCAUUGUCCCCAAACAGGCGACCAUGUUGACCAUACUUGUCUCGGUGAACAUGGCGAGCAGAUCUUGAGCGAUUUGGAUGACUACGUAGCCAAGAACGUUGCUGACAUCUUUGGUACCCUGAAUCGUGUCUUUGUGCCUGAUCUCUUAACGCAUACGGAAAAAGAUCUGCGUCAAGUCCUUGAUUACUUUAAUACAGCCUUUUUCCACCAUCAGUCGAAUGAUCAAGAUCAAGACGGCAUGCAACUCACUCUCCGUGUCCUUCCUUGGAAACAUGCAGGGCAAAACAAGAUGGCUGCGUUUUUCUCAUCUCCAUCCAAUGCCGAUUCAUCCGAUCAUCACUCACACAGUAUUAACCAAUACGCUGAUUUGGCUCUUGUUUGA